AUGGUGAAUUUGAAGGGCCGUGAAAACGAGUUUAGAAACAAUGCCAUUGAGCUUAUCAGGCGUUUUCAAAAUGACAUUGGGGAGCUUGCAACCGAGGAGAGCAAAACCUUCAGGGAAAGGACGAUAUCUAUAGUUUUGGUUCCAAAUAAGACUGUUGUGCAGAAAGCUCAAGAGCCCCCAAAGAAAAAGGAAAAGUCAACAGUUACUGAAGUCUCAGCUGGUGUUUAA